AUGUCCAUUGUAGGCGUCGCUCGAAGGGGCAUCUUUGAUUUACGGAGGGGACGUGGAAUGAAGGGACAUCUUCAAGUUCGACCAAUAAGCCUAUUUAGCGGCAUCACGGAAUCGUUCAUCGCGCUACAUCAGAUCAGCGGUCUUCCGUGGCUCGCGUUAGUGCCGCUCACAACUUUUGGUCUCAGGACCGUAUUCACUCUACCAUUGAGUAUUUGGCAGCGCAAGCGCGUAGUGAAGCAGCAAGAACUUCGAAAAGUCGUACAGGCCAUCCCACCGGUUGUAAAACUGCGAUUGGCAGCGGCAGCACAACAAAGAUCCAACAGCAGCAGUGGGGAUGUUGCUGAUGGAGUGCCACGAGGGCCCACUUUGACACCGGAACAGAUUCAACUGCUUGCCCUCAAGGAAACUAGAAACAGGCAAAAAAAACUGUUUGCCGAGAACAACGCAUCUCUAUGGAAGAAUGCGCUUCUUCCCCUCGUCCAGAUCCCGCUGUGGGUUUCAAUUUCCAUGGGGCUGCGCGGCUUGACUGAAAGCAGGCUGGUAGACUCCAAUUUGAAGCCGCUGUCGUCGGACUCGGCGGCAUCGGUGGCCCCGGUCUCUGAUUGGGACUUGAGUCUUCCGCUUGACAGCCUUCCCAUGUUGGCGCCGCUAGUGUUGGGCCUGCUGGCCCUGACAAACGUGGAGCACAACGGCCGAAUGAUGACCACCACGACUUCGGCCGCCAUGGGAAUCAAGAUCGCACCCAGCCCCAAUUCAAGGGCCUCCCAGAGCAUGCAAAGCAUCCUCAACGUGUCGAGACUGGGCUGUAUUUUUUUCAUGGGGAUAUCCUCGCAGGCCCCGCUACUGCUGAGCGCCUAUUGGAUCAGCUCGCAACUGUACUCUUUUCUACAAAAUGCGUUCCUGAAUUGGCUGUGGCCCUACCAGAGAUGA